AUGGGGGACGCGGCGGAGUGCGGGGUGAAGGUCAUGUGCAGGUUCCGUCCUCUGAGCGACGCUGAACGGGCGCGAGGAGACCGCUUCGUGCCCAAGUUUAACGGAGAAGACACGGUGGUGCUGGCGGGAAAGCCGUACAUCUUUGAUCGAGUUCUGCCUCCAGACUCAGAGCAGAUCCAGGUUUAUGACACCUGUGCCAAACACAUCGUCAAAGAUGUACUGGGUGGAUACAAUGGGACAAUCUUUGCGUAUGGACAGACGUCUUCAGGAAAGACCCACACCAUGGAGGGCAUCCUUCACGAUGAGGAGGCCGAGGGCGUCAUCCCCAGAAUCGCCUCAGACAUCUUCAGUCACAUUUACUCCAUGGACCAGAACCUGGAGUUUCACAUCAAGGUGUCCUACUUCGAAAUUUACUUGGACAAGAUCCGAGACCUGCUGGAUGUGUCCAAGACCAAUCUGGCCGUGCAUGAGGACAAGAACCGAGUGCCUUUUGUCAAGGGCUGCACGGAGCGUUUUGUGACGAGUCCAGAGGAAGUGAUGGACGUUAUCGAUGAGGGAAAAGCCAAUCGUCAUGUGGCAGUGACCAACAUGAAUGAGCACAGCUCCAGGAGCCACAGUAUUUUCCUCAUCAACAUCAAACAGGAAAAUGUGGAGACAGAAACCAAAGUCUCUGGAAAACUGUACCUGGUUGAUCUGGCCGGGAGCGAAAAGGUGAGUAAAACUGGAGCUGAAGGAUCUGUUUUGGAUGAAGCCAAAAACAUCAACAAGUCUCUUUCGGCACUUGGGAACGUGAUUGCAGCUCUGUCCGAGGGAAAGAAAGCACAUGUCCCGUACAGAGACAGUAAAAUGACACGGAUCCUGCAGGACUCCCUCGGAGGAAACUGUAGAACCACCAUCAUCGUCUGCUGCUCGCCCUCCUCCUACAAUGAACCAGAGACCAGGUCCACGCUCAUGUUCGGACAGAGGGCCAAGACGAUAAAGAACACGGUGAGUGUAAACAUGGAGCUGACGGCAGAUGAGUGGAAGCGGAAAUACGAGAAAGAAAAAGAGAAAACGAGGAGUUUAACAGUGUCCAAUCACCGCCUGGAGGGGGAGCUGCAACGCUGGAGGAAAGGGGAGGCCGUGCCUUUGGAGCAGCAGACUCACAGAGACAAGAAGCUGGCGUCUGAUUGGCCCACAGUUGUGACAGAGGCUCCGCCCCCUGUGCCUGUGACCAAUGAGGAGCGAGCUCAGUACGAGAGUCUCAUUACAGACCUGUACAAGCAACUGGACGACAAGGAUGAUGACUUAAACCUCCAGAGUCAGGUGCAGGAGGAGCUGAAGCAGCAGGUGCUGGAGCAGGACCAGAUGAUCCUCUCUAUGCGCGCUGAUGUGGAUCGGCUGCAGGGGGAGCUGUCACGCUCUCAGGCUGGGUGUGAUGAGGCCAAAGACGAAGUGAAGGAGGUGCUGCAGGCGCUGGAGGAACUCGCCCUGAACUAUGACCACAAGUCCACAGAGUCCCAGAACCGGUCCCGAGAACUCAACCAGGUCCAACAGGAACUGCAGCAAAAGACUGUGUUGCUGGAGUCUGUGCAGAAGGAGUUGGCUUCAGUCCAGAACAUGAGCUCUCAUCAGAAGAAAAGGUCCAACGAAGUCCUGAACCUGCUCCUCAGAGACCUCACAGACCUGGGAGCAGUCCUGACCUGUUCUGGACCUGGGCCUAGUCCUAGUCUGGGUUCUGGUCUUGAGGAGGACUUUACAGCAGCUCGACUUUUCAUCAGUAGAAUGAGGUCAGAGGUGAUGUCUGCCCUGAACCGGACUAAAACUCUGGAGCAGAACCUUCAGGACCAGAAGAUUCGAACCAAGGCCCUGGAACGAGACCUGGGUCUGAGCCAAGCCCUGGUCCAACAGCUCCAGACCAAGACCCGGACCCAGACUGAGGACCUGCAAAGGCUGGAGCAGCGGAACCGAGUCCUAGAGGAGAACCAGGACUCCCUAACCGAAGAACUCCACCGAGUCCAGGCUCAAGGUCGUCUGGUAGAGUUGUCAGCAAUGGACAAAGAGAAGGUUCUAAAGGACACUGUGGAUAUGAAGCGCACUCUGGAGGAGCAGAUGGAGAAUCAUAGGGAGGUCCAUCAGAGACAGGUCUCCAGACUCAGAGACCAGAUCCAGGCCCAAAACCGGGACUUGGACCUCCUCCGAGACGUCACGGCACAGCAACAGGUCGAGAUUCACAGACUCACCUCAGACCUGGACCAGUUACAAGUCCAAGACCAGACCAAGGACCAAAGGCUCCAAGAGAUGCAGCUGGAGAGAGAGAAAAGAGACCAGGCCAAGGAGGACCUCAAGGGGCUUGAGGACACUGUGGCCAAAGAGCUUCAGACUCUGAUGAACCUCCGCAAACAGUUUGUGAGUGACUUCAGCUCCAGGAUCCACAAUAUCCAGGAAAAUGAUGCAGAUGAAGCUGGAGGAAGUUUGGCUCAAAAACAAAGAAUAAUUUUUCUGGAGAACAACUUAGACCAGCUCAGCAAAGUCCAUAAACAGUUGGUGCGGGAUAAUGCAGACCUGAGGUGUGAGCUACCAAAACUGGAGAAGCGUCUCCGAGCAGCGUCCGAGCGUGUGCAGCUGCUGCAGAAAGCACUGAACCAGGCCAAGAUGGCCGCCAUCCGGGACAAGAAGAGCUACAGACAGGAAGUGGAGCGCUGCAGACAGGAAGUAGAACGAAUCAAAGACGCCAUGAGACAAAGGACCCACUAUGCCCAGAUUGCUAAGCCAAUCAGAGCGGGCCGUCAGCAGACAUCUGUCAGAGGGGGUGUGGCCAGUGUGUCUGGAGGUGGAGCCAGUGUUCGUCACAGAAAACUCUACCCGAACUGACACCAUCUCCUCAAGCUACCUCAAGUCCACCGUAAACGGUCCACCGUAAACGG